AUGUCUGCCGGAAAAAAACAAAGAAGUUCGCGAUUUACACAAGGCAUGACAGAUGCCCUGGUAGAAGCUUAUGGAAAGCAUCAAGUAAGUGAAGUUAAGCCUUAAAUGAUGUUGUUGGUCUUGUUUCUUUUUUAAAGUUUUGAUAAUUAACUUGUUAAGAGGUCAUUGGUAGUUUUUAGCAGUCAUUCUAAAUAUUUGUAACUUUAACUCUGUAUAGUCACGUCACUCAGGAAGCAAGCUUUCUCUGGAAAUGUAGAACUGUGUUGUCAUGAUUCAUAUACAUAAACACGUAAUUCUUAAAAUGAAUAUAGGAGUCACACACAUAAUUAUGUCAGCAAAGUUUUGGAAAAUCUGUGUAACAAGCUUAUACAUUCUCUGUCUAGUACAUUCUGCAGAGCAAAUUUUCCAAUCUUGUGACAAAUGAGAAGAAGAAAGAGGCAUGGAUAAAGGUGGCAGAUGCUGUUAAUGCAGUAAACCCUGCAGAACGGAAAACAGUAGAACAGGUAACUACCACAUUGUAGGGUACUUGCAACCUUUCCAGAAAGGAAGGUGUUUAAGUAUGCUUUCAGUGAAGAUUAGUGCACUGGAAUGCCCCCCUGGGAGUCAGUAAGGCUCUCUAGGUUUAAAGAUAAGUAACCCCAUUUCUUUACCUCAUUUUUUGAGUUUAUAUGUAUAUAACAUAGUCUAGUAUAUAACAUAGUCUUCCAUCUUAGUAGUAUCCCAGGAACCAUGUAUUACACUUGUCUAGUAAAACCCGACUGGUUUUACAUCCUGGUAAUCUCAUAAAGAGCAGGGUUGUCAUUAAGAGCCGGGGGCCGGGGAUUUUCCCCGGCUACUAAGAGAGUGGCCCCCGGCUACUUUUAUUGGAAAAUAGAAGAAAAAUAGAACCAAAAGAAAUCCCUAGCUAUUUGAUUCCCCGCCUACUUGUUGUAUUUACCCGGCAACUUGAAAUCUUAGUGACAACCCUGUAAAGAGCCUUAAAGGAUAAUAAUUAUAUUACUUGCAUGAAUGCUUUGAUCCUCCAUGUAAUACUUUAAAUCCUUACAGGUUAAAAAAAAAUGGGAAGAUGUAACAGGAAGUGUCAAGAAAAAAGAAAGACAUGCCAGACAGCAAGAACUCAAAAAAUUAAAUACAACAGGAAAUGGAUUCUUAGCAGAUGAGGUGAGCUGUCUUAUGUACACAGGUGCAAGUUGAAACUUUCGUGCCUUCAUGUGACAAACAAAAUGAAGGUGAUGGCAAAAAAACAUGAUGACAUUUGAAAGUUCAAAUUCUGCUGGUCUUUAUGAACAGUAGGAUAUUUUUUAUUCUGCUAAUGGAAAUUCAGAACUUUGUAAGACAUUUUUAACACAAAUAAUGUUUUUUUUUCUUGUUCAAAGGACAACUCAGACAGUGCAGGGCCCAGCGUGGACAUUCUAAGCCAGUCGGAGCAGGAGGUUGCCAGAAUACUCGGCCCUGAAAUCUUUACUGGCAUUCCUGGGGGUCAAGAUACUAUGAAAUUGAGUAAUACUAGUAACUGA